AUGGUCAGCUCCUGUUGUGGCUCUGUCUGCUCUGAGGAGGGCUGUGGCCAAGAGCCCUGCUGCCGCCCCUGCUGCCGCCCCUGCUGCUGCCUGCGUCCAGUCUGUGGUCAGGUCUGCUGCCAGAGCACUUGCUACCGCCCCACCUGUGUCAUCUCCACCUGUCCCCGCCCCAUGUGCUGUGCCACCCCUUGCUGCUCUCCCACAUGCAGAGGGCCUAGCUGCUGCCAGCCCAGCUGCUGCCGUCCCAGCUGCUGCAGACCCACCUGCUGUGUGUCCAGCUGCUGCAGGCCCAGCUGCUGCAGACCCCAGUGCUGCCAGUCUGUGUGCUGCCAGCCCACCUGCUGCCGCCCCAGCUGCUGCCGCCCCAGCUGCUGCAGGCCCAGCUGCUGCCAGUCUGUGUGCUGCCAGCCCACCUGCUGUCGUCCCAGCUGCUGCAGACCCAGCUGCUGCAUCUCCAGCUGCUGCCAGCCCUCCUGUGGUAGUUCCAGUUGCUGCAGUCCCUGCUGCCAGCCCUGCUGCCGCCCCUGCUGCCGCCCCUGCUGCUGCGUGCGUCCAGUCUGUGGUCAGGUCUGCUGCCAGAGCACUUGCUACCGCCCCACCUGUGUCAUCUCCACCUGCCCCCGCCCCAUGUGCUGUGCCACCCCUUGCUGCUGCUGA